AUGGCGAGGGACCCCCCCGCUAUUUAUAGCCGCAUAAAGCGGUAUCGAAGAUGCAUCGUAGCCGUGGUGGUUCGUGGUUGUGCGCGUGAGGCUUGUGCGCCGCAGGUUUGGGAUUUUGUUUUUGUAGCUCAACUUGAAACUGCCAAUACUGUGGAGAGUCAGCCUGUUGAGGAUCCUCCAUCGUCUAGAUUCACAUGGAGAAUUGACAACUUUUCGAGGNUGAAUACCAAGAAGCUCUAUUNGGAUAUAUUUGUUGUUGGUGGCUAUAAAUGGCGUGCGCUUAUUUUCCCAAAAGGAAACAAUGUGGACUAUUUGUCCAUGUAUUUGGAUGUUGCAGAUUCAGCUAGUUUGCCCUAUGGUUGGAGUAGAUAUGCACAGUUUAGCUUGGCAGUUGUUAAUCAAAUCCAUAAUAAAUAUUCUGUGAGAAAAGGUAGUCCCUGAAGUUUGAUCUUUANACUUUUUUAAGAUGACAUAGAUUAGCCGUGGUUGUAGAAUAGGAAAGAGCAUUACUGGAAUUGAAGCUAUAGAGUUUUGAUAGGUUUUUAUUGCUAGUAGUGGAUGGAAGAACAUUUGAUAUCUCGUUGCAUAAUAAUAUUUUUAUAAUUAGUCAAUUAGCUAUACAUCAUUUUCUGAUAAAUCCUAUGACUAUUGCUCAUUCCAUAGUUUAGUUUAUGUUUCAUAGUUAAUUUUCUAUAUCUUACCGUUUGGAUAGUGGAGCUUUGGAUAUGGAGGGGUUAUUGUUAGCAGAUGUUUAAAUUCAUCAUAUACAUAUGACAUGGUUCAUAUUGUGGUUAACCUUUAGUUCCUCCCUCUUGCACCUUGUUUAAAAAUUUGGUAGAGAAUGUGAUUGAGUUCUAUAGU